AGAUGAUCUAUUCUUGCCUCUAAAACGUGCCCUACUUCUAGAACGUGCAAUACCUUGAUACCCUCUCUAACAGGGCGCACAAGUGCUCAGGCAGAACGUGAUAUCCUCUCUUUGCCAGUGAGGUUUUGAGGCUUGGGUAUAACAAAUCCCGCUGAUGAGGCUUCUCUCGAAUUUACUGCUUUACCAAAGGUCCGUGGUCAGCUUGCAGAACAGAUAAAACGGCAAACGCAUGAGCUGCCGGGUGAUGAUGCCGUACAAGAAGCACAGCAAGAGGCGCACAAAGAGAAGAACGAGUACCUGAAGUCUAGAUGCGCGGAGGUAUUGGGCUUCCUGUGGUAGCGUGGACUGGUGCUGAGACAAAAUGGCGGAGGAAGAAAGUUUGACAAUCGUUUCGUUAGAAACUCCUCCAGUCUCAGAAGUAAGAAGGGAAUCAAGAAACUGGACAGAUGCGGAAACAGCUAAGCUCAUAACACUGUGGGAGGGAGAAAAUGUUUUGUACAACGGCAGACAUAAGGAUCAUUUUCGAAGAGAAUGUAGAAGCGCAGCAAUGGAUCGUAUACAACAACGACUAGCCGAAGACGGAGAUUUACUAUUCACCUUGGAAGAACUUCACAAAAAAAUGCGAUGUCUUCGCACUUAUUACAGCAAGGAAAUCAAAAAAGAAAAAAUCAGCAAAUUAAACAGCAGCAACCCUCAGGACUUGUAUACUUCCCGAUGGCCACUCUACCAUUCACUGCACUUCCUUAAAGACUACAUCAACUCCAAACAAUCCCUUAGUAGCAGCAGUACUCCUUUAAACACUAGUAAGCAGGAGUUGGACUGCACUGCAGACUCGGAUGACCAGGCUGUCCUGGCAAGUGAUAAUGUUUCAAAUGUGUCCCAAGAAAGUAGUGACUUCUAUGAGAGCCCCGCUAUCCCGCCAAUCGCGAACAACAUGAAAAGAACUGCAAAUACAGACAGAGACUUGUUUAAUAAUUGUGGCAAACAGACUAAGAAAUCUGAAGAACCUGAGUUCUCAUGUGAGGCAGACAAUGCUUUUGGACACUACGUAGCCAAUCAGCUGAUGAGAAUCCCAGAUGGCUUGCCGAAGGAAAUGCUGAAGAUAGAAAUCCAGCAGUCAAUAGUCAAAGUUCUUCACCCAAAACAGACUGGUUUAACCACAGAGUAUGACUACAAUUAUCACUGAGAGACUGCUUUAACCACAGAGUAUGACUACAAUUAUCACUGAGAGACUGGUUUAACCACAGAGUAUGACUACAAUUAUCACUGACAGACUGGUUUAACCACAGAGUAUGACUACAAUUAUCACUGAGAGACUGGUUUAACCACAGAGUACGACUACAAUUAUCACUGACAGACUGGUUUAACCACAGAGUAUGACUGUGGCAGCCAAGACAAGCUCAGAGGAGAUGGCUAGACAACGUCGAAAGAGCGUAGGAUCUUGAUUACUCACUGUGCUGGCGCAUCCACACGCAUGCCUACAAUAACCUGCGCCUUAAAGCCUAGCACAGGACUGGCUGUAGUCUGUAGAGUCUAGCACAGGACUGGCUGUAGUCUGUAGAGUCUAGCACAGGACUGGCUGUAGUCUGUAGAGCCUAGCACAGGACUGGCUGUAGUCUGUAGAGUCUAGCACAGGACUGGCUGUAGUCUGUAGAGUCUAGCACAGGACUGGCUGUAGUCUGUAGAGUCUAGCACAGGACUGGCUGUAGUCUGUAGAGCCUAGCACAGGACUGGCUGUAGUCUGUAGAGUCUAGCACAGGACUGGCUGUAGUCUGUAGAGUCUAGCACAGGACUGGCUGUAGUCUGUAGAGUCUAGCACAGGACUGGCUGUAGUCUGUAGAGUCUAGCACAGGACUGGCUGUAGUCUGUAGAGCCUAGCACAGGACUGGCUGUAGUCUGUAGAGUCUAGCACAGGACUGGCUGUAGUCUGUAGAGUCUAGCACAGGACUGGCUGUAGUCUGUAGAGUCUAGCACAGGACUGGCUGUAGUCUGUAGAGCCUAGCACAGGACUGGCUGUAGUGUGUAGAGUCUAGCACGGGACUGGCUGUAGUCUGUAGGGUCUAGCACAGGACUGGCUGUAGUCUGUAGGGUCUAGCACAGGACUGGCUGUAGUCUGUAGAGCCUAGCACAGGACUGGCUGUAGUCUGUAGGGUCUAGCACAGGACUGGCUGUAGUCUGUAGAGCCUAGCACAGGACUGGCUGUAGUCUGUUUAUGGCUGACGGGUCAGAGGAUGUCUUCAUUUGGGCCUAUGACUAUUUCACAAUAUUCAUUUUGUUCACAGGUGACUAUUUCACAAUAUUCAUUUUGUUCACAGGGAUUUGGGAUUCUCUCACUCAUGAACCAGCAUUCCAGCAUUACCAUGGAUUUACUCCUGAUGAAUGAUUUUAUAGUAGAGGAGGCUCAUCCCAAAAUCAUUAGGAACAUUUUCAUGAAAUAAAAAACAAUAGAGACAGUUAUUUAGCCUUUAAUUGUUUUAUGUAUCAAAAUAUCAAGGCCCAAAUGAUAUGGACAAAAAAUCCCCUAUUUGAUGCAAAAAUAUCAUGAAAAAUUGAAUUCCAAACAACUCUUAUGUAGUUGUAAUGUAUAAAUAGUGGUAACUCUGAUAAAAGUGCCCUCUACC